AAGACAAAUGACGAUCUCUCGUGAAGUUUGUCGGGCGUCGUUAACCUAAAAUCCUACUAAAAUGUCAAGUGCAAGUGAUUACAAGUUUUGAUUUGAUGGGUGCACAAAUAUUGCAUUAUUUUUGAUUUGAAGCUUAACGGCAGUGGCCCCCUUUUUUUGGUCUUACCCUUUCCUUUUGAAUAGCCUUCGCUUAUGUACUCUUAGCGAUUCAUUAUUCUUACCGACAGUAGAUUGCUAGGCAAAUAUGGCUCUAAAACCCCUGUCUGGAAACAUUCAGGAGGAGAUGAACAACAUCCCCCUCGCUGACGACGAUCCACAAGAUAUAAUACAAGAUGAAAGUGAAGUAGGCGAAGUAUCUCAGAAUUCUGAUGCUAUAAUGAGGGGAAGGAGCAUGGAUUCUAUUCCGUCCACAUUUACGAAUGGAAGUAGCAGUCCGGGACCUAACAGUCUCGAUCCAGAUGUCAGCCCAGAUGAACAGGAGGAAAAGGCUCGACUUAUCUCUCAGGUCCUUGAACUUCAAAACACCUUGGAUGAUUUAUCUCAAAGGGUUGAUAGUGUUAAAGAAGAGAAUUUAAAACUACGUUCUGAAAAUCAAGUUCUUGGACAGUACAUUGAAAAUUUGAUGGCUGCGUCCAGUGUCUUCCAAUCUGCUGAACCAAAGAGUAGUAAGAAAUGAAAUUUUUUGGAGACCACCACCAGUAUUGACUGUGUUCGCUACUCAUUAUCUGAUGAGUGUGAUUGGAAAUAUCUUCCCAAAGAGGAGAUCAAUUAAUGUUUCGGUUAUUCACCACAUUUCCUGUCACGCUAUAAGCUUUAAGCAUAUAUUCCUAGCUGGCCUCUUGCACUGAAUGCUCAUUGAACCACAUCAACUUAAUGGCUUAUUUCUAAGCCACUAUGUAGUGUCUACUACAUUUAAAAUGCUUCUGUAACUCUGGGUUUAGAUAUAUCAACCCAAAUGACCAUGUGGCAAAAGAAAUUAGAUUCGAUCAUUUAGGCUUUUGAAAAAGUUUAUUUUUAUUUAUAAUUUGCAAAGAAAUGUCAGUCAGCAGAUGGUUUAAAUGUGUCAAACUUAUGACAGAGUCAUUUUUAUUAGGAGAUAGAAAGUAAAACUUUGAAAAGUCUGAUUGUUAAUAUAAAUUAUUAAUCUAGUAUUGUGUGCUCUCACACAUUCCAUUUAGUCAAUAGAUUGGAGUGAUUAUCCUCAGCUUUUGUAUUGUUCUGAUCUUGUGUAACCUGCAUUGUUAAAUGUUAUCAUCAUUUUGUAACAAGGAGGAUUAUUCUGUGACUUUCAUGAGGAGAACCCGGUAUACACUAAAAUCUGUAUAGUAGCAUUGUUCUUGUUUUAAUUAACAGUAUGUGAUAAAAUCUUUGCUUUUACCUUUUCUUAAAAAAUAGUUAAAGAGGCUUUUGCUAUUAAGUGUUGCAGUUGAUUACUAGAUAGGUAAUCAUGUGAUCGCUGAUGUGUUUUAUGAUGGAAACUAUCUGUUACUGUCUUUGUUUUAAAUUUAAUGUAUUG